CCCCAGCCCGGCCCUUGCAUGACGACGACUUCCAGGUUCCGGGUUCCCGUCCCUCCAUUCUCUAGAAAACCCGGAAGACACACGCCGACAUAAACACCCGCUCCGCUCCGAACUCGGUUGAUCCCCCCCGGCGCCGUAUCCCACGGCGACCCCGAAUCCACGGCCGGGCGACAAUGGUUCGGGAUGCGCCAUGGCAUCCGACCCGCAGAGGAAGCAGGGCCAGGCAGCACCCCCCAGCGCUCGACCCUAUGCGUUGCGCCCGCUACUCCACGACGUGCCCCUGUCCGCCGACGGCAGCGACGAGGAUAUCAAGAUAAACUGCGUCGAUUAUUAUGACGGCAACCUCUAUGUUGGCACCAGUGCCUCCGAACUCCUGCACUUCUUCCGCAUCCCUCCCGACCCUAGCGACCCCAGCGGCCCUUCUACCUUUAUUCUCGCCUCUCGUCUUCCCCCAGUAUACUCCGAACCCGCGGGUGGCAUCAAUGGCUCACGGCCGGGCGUGCAACAGAUCCUCUUGCUGCCACGCGUGGGCAAGGCCUGUGUCCUAUGCAACUGGACCGUCACCUUCUACUCGCUGCCCGAGCUGAGCCCCGUGUUUGGCGCCACCCAGGUCAGGAACUGCAACUGGAUCGGCGGCGUGGACUUGAACGAGAGCGGGGAUGGCGGCAACGAGAAAGCCGCUGGGGUCACCAUCCUCUUGUCGCUGAAUCGUCGGAUACAGGUGGUCAGAAUAGGGGAAGAAGAUGCGCGGGUGCUUCGGAAAAUCGAUUUUGCCGGAAGCACCCUCUCGAUACGAAGAGACUCGAUUGCUUGCGUCGCAGACUCGAGGAAUUAUGCCUUAUUGGAUGUUGACCGCCAACUCAAAAUCCCGCUUAUGACCAUAUCGUCACUCGACAAUUCACAGCCGGAUGGCGGUUUUGGUCAGACUCAGAACAUUGCCAGCGCCCCAGACGGCGGCCUGGCCCGGAGCGCAUCAUCGGCGACUACGCGUGCUCCAGCUAACGCCCAAGGUCAUUCUAGGAGCACAAGCCUGGGGAACUUUAUGUCAGGCAGGCGUCGGAACGGUGGGCGGCCCGGAGACGCAGAGGACACCGUCUUCCAAGCUUCUGACGCCCCGCCACCUUCGCGUAGCCCAGGGCCGGCAGACAAACCAUUGCCCGCCCCCCCGCGUGACCCCGGAGACCUCCUAACAGUACAAGAAACACCCCCACCUAGGAUAGCAACACCUCCGGUGCGGUCAACGCCAUCUCCGGGGCCCGGCUCCGUCUUCCUGAAACCCCACAUCGUAUCACCUACUGCAGAAGAGUUCCUCCUUGUCACCGGAACUGGCCCCCUUGAACCAGGCAUCGGCAUGUUUGUGAACCUCGACGGAGACCCGACGCGCCCCACACUCGAAUUCGAAAGGUACCCGCGUGAGAUCGCGGUUGACGGGGGCUCGGCCGACCUCUCAUCCUCACUCCCAUCCCCAGGUGCUCAGGAGGGCUAUGUCCUUGCGUCAAUGACCAAAGAAUUCGAGGACGGCUUGCACCACGGCCUUGAGAUCCAGCGCUGUGACGUGAACAACGGCGAAGACGAGCCAGAAAAGUGGUGGUUGGAGGUGAGCGAUGACAGCUCCAAGGAGUCGACAGCUGGCACCCCGAUUGGUAUCCGGUUAUUAUUACAGAAGGAAGAGAUGGUCUUCGAGAACGUCGUCGAGCGGUUAUGCCAAAGGCGGUUUUCGCCCUUCAAGGGCCAUCCAGAAACCCCGACCAUGUCCCUCAAGAGUAGCGAUUCUCGGACGGCCCUGUCGCUACAACGCCUUACCCAGGAAAAUGCACUCUUCGACCGGGAUCCCGAAUCGGACGACGAACAGCUACCCCCAGGGUGGGAAGCCACGAGGAACCAGGAAGGGGAGGAAUUUGUGCGACGACUGGCCAAGACAUCAUCACGCCUAGCUGUCUGGGCUGGGGACAACAUAUGGUGGGCGGUGCGGAAUCCAUUGCUCACGCAACUAGAUUCUGUGCUGGAGCUAGCAGCUCACCAGGCUCCGCAAACAACCACAAACGGCACAGAGACGAGGCGGCAGCUUCUUUCCCUACUCGACACCAUCAAGGAACGGGAACCGACAACGGAACUUGAAUUCAUGACCCUGGGUUACAUCAAGCAGAAGGCGAGUGUCAUGCUUCUGACGACGUUCCUAAGGUCGCCGGAGCCGCCAUUCACGGAUGCCGAAACGAGGGCAAUGGAAGAGAACCUUGUUAACGGGGAUUUGGACGCCCGGGUAGUCCUGUCUUUGAUACCUGCCUUGCGUAACGAGCUUGUUAUGAAUCGAAGAGGGAUAUGGAUCUAUGGCGGAAUCAAGAGUAUUGUUGAAAGCUACAUCUCAGCCGAGACGGACGGUUUGGUCAUACAAGGAAUCAGCUCAUUGCCGCCCAACGUCCUCCAAUUUCUAAGACGCUUCCUCUCGGCCUGGAGGAAGAAAAAGGGAUUUGGUAGUAUACCGGACGAGGUGUUCCGGACAGUGGAUGCGUCCCUACUAUUGGUGCUCUUAGAACUCGAUCAGAGCACACCAAUAGGUCAGCCCGGCACACUUGGCUCGGUACGGAAAGACCUAUACGAGCUUGUCGACCACGGCGUCGAUUGCUUUGAGAGAGCCGUGGAUCUACUCGAGACAUACCACCGUCUCUUCGUCCUCAGCCGUCUCUAUCAACAUCGCAAGAUGACGGCAGACGUGCUAGGGACAUGGAAACGUGUUAUUGAGGGCGAGGAAGAUAGAGGUGGUGAACUAGGCGAUGGCGAGCAGCGCUUGAGGAGCUACCUCUCCAACAUCAGCAACCAGGCGCUGGUUCAAGAAUACGGCCUGUGGCUGGCCAGCCGCAACCCCAAGCUCGGCGUACAAGUCUUCACGGACGAAAAGGGCAAAGCCCCGAAAUUCGAGCACGCCCAGAUCGUCGCCCUCCUCCGAGAAGAGGCGCCGGACGCGGUCAAAUACUACCUCGAACACCUCGUCUUCGGCAAGGGCAACACAGCCUACGUCAACGAGCUCAUCACCUACUACCUCGACAUCGUCAUCACCGACCUCCAGACGUCGCCGGCCUCGCGCGAUAACAUCGCGGCCUCCUACGACACCUACCGCGCCCUCCACCCACCAAAACCCACCUAUCUCCACUUCCUCACCGACAACGCGCCGCCCAACGACGAGGUCUGGCAGAGCCGCCUACGGCUCCUCCAACUCCUCGGCGGCGGCCACGAUUACGACGUGACGGCGAUCCGCGCCCGCAUCGACGAUUCCCUCGCCGCCCUCCCGCCAUCAUCACCCCCUCCCCACCUAAACGGAACCGCAACCGCAACCACCACCACCACCACCACCACCGUAAAAGAACCACCCACCACCACUAACGGCCUCCCCCCCAACCCCCAACCACCCGCCGACCACCCCCUCCUCGUCCCGGAAUCCAUCAUCCUCGCCUCCCGCGCCCGCCACCACACCACCGCGCUGCGCCUGCUCGUCCACCGCCUCGGCGACCACGACACGGCGGUAUCCUACUGCAUCCGCGGCGCCGCCGCCCUCACCCCGGCCACCACCGGCACCGGCACCAGCCGCCAACGCCGCCAGCGCCGCGACAGCGGCAGCGACCUGCCGCCGACGUGGGACGAGCAGACGCGCCUGUUCCGCGCGCUGCUGGGGGAGUUCCUCGCGCUGGCGGACGCGGAGGAUCGUUUGGUGCAGACGGGGGCGUUGUUGGAGCGGUUUGGCGGGUGGUUUGACGUGGUGGAGGUGUUGGAGCUGGUGCCGGAGGGGUGGGGCGUGGAGGUGGUCGGGGGGUUUCUGGUGGCGGCGCUGAGGCGGCUGGUCGGGGAGAGGAGGGAGGCGAUGGUGGAGAGGGCGUUGAGCGGGGCGGAGAAUUUGAGGGUGGGGUUUGAGUUUGUGGUGAGGGUUGAGGGGGAGGGGGGGGUCGUUGUUGAGGGGGAGUGAGUGAGACGGUGUAAUGGGGGUUUGUUGUAUGGGGAGAAGGGGGUGGGGGCGGUUGGGUUUGUAUAGGGAGGAGAGUUUGUGAAGGGGGUGUCACUGAUGGGAGGUGUUGAUAUGCGUUGGGGGCUGGGUAGGACUAUUCACACCUUCUCGCCGACAUCAAGUU